AGACGAUAUUCAUGUGGGUGCACCGUGCGGAGACCUACUCACUCGACCAGAGCUCCCACUCACUCACUCACUCUCUCACUGUUCACUAUCACUCACACACACACACACACACGCACACACACACGUUGGUGAGCCGAGAGCGCUUUCUGUCUUUCAUUCAUCCCAGUGAAGGCUGCUCCCACUUUCUUCGUCUUCUUCAUCAUCAUCAUCAUCAUCAUCAUCAUCACCAUCAUCUCCUCUCACCCUGCCCCUCCUCUUCCUCCCUCGCGCUGGGAUAGCUCACUUUGUUUUUGUUUUUCCUCUCCGCGGUGCCUUUUGGUCGGAGUAGUAGUGGAUGAUAUCAACAGAGCAGCGUUUCUUCUUUCCUCCGCGCGAUACUACGGGGCUGCCGAGGAGUCGCUAGAGGACACGCACAUCACGACAGAGAGCAACGCGAGGGAGUUCUGUUUUUAUUCUUUAUUUAUUAAUUUCUUCUGGAGAGGACGACGUGAUUUCUUGCAAGAAAACACACAGAAUAGCUCGACUGAAGAGCAGCGCCACCUGCUAAGACUGCUUGUGUGUAUGUGACGGAUUUUAAAGGACGUUAAAGGAUUACAGGCAGUUGGCGGAUGGUUGACGGUCUCGUCAAGAGGAGUCACUGCCUCUGCGCAAGUCUGAGAUGAAGAUGAAGUCUUCAGGCGUCGUGGAUGGAGGCUUGUUCACAGAGAGCUAUUGUAACAUCUGCAAUGCCCAGCUCAUCUCCGAGUCCCAGCGCACCGCUCAUUACGAGAGUAAGAAACAUGCCAACAAGGUACGUCUGUUCUACAUGCUUCACCCUGAAGAUGGAGGACCUCCUUCCAAGCGACUGAGGCCAGAUAAUCCAGACUGUGCGGAGACAGAGGUGGACAGAAACAAGUGCUGUACCUUGUGUAACAUGUUUUUCACCUCAGCCAUCGUGGCCCAGUCACACUACCAGGGCAAAACCCACGCCAAGAGAGUCCGCCUGGUGCUGGGGGAGCCGCCAAACCUGCCCUCAGCCAUGACCAGCCCUGCAAACACAGACUCCUCUCCGUCCACACCGGUCCCCACAGACCCUACUGCAUGCCCCCCUCCUCCCACCACCCUGCCCUGGCCCAUGGGAGUGGUCGGUGGUAACGGCGGGAGAGAAGCAGGAAAGUACUGCUGCCUAUGCGGAGCCUGGUUCAACAACCCGCUGAUGGCCCAGCAGCACUACGAGGGCAAGAAGCACCGCAGGAACGCGGCCAGGGCACGUCUCUUGGAGCAGCUAGCGGGCAGUCUGGAUGCCACGGAGAGCACAG